CUGUGCGUUUAAACGCUGGGUGUGUGUGAGUGUGACCACAGUUUGUCAGCGUUCAUCAUGAAGCUCGUGCUGCUGCUCGCUCUGCUCACAGUUGCUGAAAGUGACAGCAGGCCGGUUGUUGGUCGAACAGGUGAGAACAUCACUCUGCAUGUUAAAUAUGACAGGAAGAAACAUGGACUGCUGUCUUUCUGCUGGAACCGAGGAGACAUACCAGCCUCGGGCUGCAACAACCAGAUCAUUGCCACAGAUGGACAUUCAGUGACCGGAGCCUCCAGCAAGUAUCAGCUGCUGGGACGACUGGAUGAAGGAGACGCUUCUCUGACCAUACUGAACCUCACGGACACAGACGCUGGACGGUACGGAUGUAGAGUCGAGAUACCCGGGCCGUUCAAUGAUGAGAAACAUCACUUCGAUCUGACCAUUGACAGAGCUCCGCAGACGACCACAUCAGCACCUGUCCACAGAGACACGUCCACGCCGCUGACGGCAGCCGGUCCCACGACAGGUCAGCUGACCACAGGGAGCUCUCUCACUUCCUCCUCUUCCUCCUCCAACGGCUUCAUCAGCACUGAGCAGGAGAGCAGCAGUGUGACCGUCCUGGUGUGUGUUGUUUUCGGCCUGGUAGUUCUGGUCACAGUGGGCGGAGUCAUCAUCUUCGUGAGAAAAUGGAGCCGACUGAACAAACUUCCUCAGCAGCCGGUCACCAGUUCAGUCCUGUUCAGUUCCACGUUGUCCACUCUGCAGCUCCAAAGUCGGGGUUCGGCGGUGGACAACAUUUAUCAGAUCGACGGAGGUGGUGACGGAGGCGAGUAUGAGCUCUGCCCCUGAACCCCGAAGCUUCGUCCCCUGACCUGCCGGGAGACGGGAAGACGCCAGGCUCUGGACAAAAGACGUGUUCUCGUCACCUCGAUUUUGGAGGCGUUCGGGGCCCCUGUAGUUCCCGUGUCCACCAGCAGGACCAGGUUUUAAAUGGACACCAUGAAGGACAUGAAACCUGUUGGAUAGUUAAAACAAAGAAGACACUGAGUUGAAAAGAAAAAACAAUGUGUCCAACUUUCACUGAAAGCUUCACAGCUUGAAUGUUAAUGUUGUUCUUAAGAUUUACAGGAUUUUAACUCUGAAAACUGAUCUGAC